AUGACGGUAAAGCCACAAGUGGCACAGUGGCAGGAAACCGUGAAGCAGCUUGCGGGAUUGCCUCACGACGUGCUUCGUGGUAUGCUGCGCGACGUUCAGGCGCAGCUGCAAGAGGAGCGGCGCGCCUUUUCUCAAGAAAGAAAAGAGUUCGAGCACGUUCAGCUGCGGCUCGCCAAACUGACGAGAGACUUGGAAAGCGCGCAGAGGCAGCGAGAGCAGCAGCGCCGACACGCAAGCAAAGAUGCCGAAGCUGCUGCGCGCACGUCCCGGCUGCUGCGGGCGGCGAGACGCCGGGGACAGAGGUAUGAGGAGGCGAUUGCGCGAACUCUAGACGACAUUCACCAGCUUCGUCACGGCAACCGCGACACGGCCGCCUCUCCUACGUCGGUGCCGGCCAUUUCGGUCGGUAUGGACGUUCUUUCGAUCGACUCGCCCGGACGGCGCCACGUGGACGUUCACACUGAGGUGAGCGUGCCGCCGACCCCGGCGCGAGAGUCGAGUCGCGCUGCAGCAGCCGUCAGAGCAGCGAAUGAGGAGCAGCGGCGCUCAGUGCUCUUACACGAGCUGGCGCAUCGCGUAGCGCGCGUGGAGCGUGAGAAUCGAAUGCUUCGGAGCAGCAUCGACGUCUUGAGCCGCGGCGACGCUUCCUCUGUGAAGCUCUAUUGCAAGUUGGAGUCGCUUCAUCCUUCACGGGUUGUGUGA